CUCCAUACCAUUAUUCACGACUCCGUCACAGUCUCUGACAGCCUCAACUGCUCACACUCGAUUUGCAUCUAACAUUAGAUUUUGCCUUGUCUGCUGCAUACUCAGAAAAUGUCAUUUCAGGCUGCGAAGCGCGCAUUCUACAUCCCCGCCCCCAACUGGGACAUCCCCGCCGACUCGGAUCUCGUCGUGCUCGGCCGCCUUAUUAAGGACCCAAAAAACCCCGAACGAGCUAUCCCGGGAAGUGCACAUGUUCCAUUGCAACCGCAGCGCAUCUACGCCGGCGAGAAGCCGGGCUUUUCUUAUAUCAGUGACCAGCUAAAGGGCGGCAAGAUUGGCAUUUGGGCCAAGGCGCUACAAGUUGUGGGGGGCGGGCUUGAUCUGAGCCAGACAAAGGAGUACCUGGAUAUCCACGAGUUCGAGACGCUGGAGACCAAGUACUUUGUUCCGGAUGUUGACUAUAUUGCCAAGGCUAUGCAGGACGAGGGAGUCCAAGGUUUUCUGCACGCCACGCACAAAAGAGAACCAAUCUAUCUAAUCACUGGUUUGAAGAUUGCCCGUGGCGCCAAAGUUACAAACAAGACAAACGUGGCACGAAGCGUGGCGGGAGAAGUCAAAGGGGAUGCUACCAUGUUUGGUGCGCCUGUCGAAGUUGGACCUGAGGCAAGUCUUGGCUCGCGAACAUCUACGCUGACCUCGUUUGCGGGGUCGACGGAUUACAUUUUUGCGUACCGUUUGGAAAGAAUCAAGAUCAAGAGGAAGAAUGACGAAAUUACGUCUAAAGAUUAUAUCAAGGGCGCCAUGUUUGGCCGUGAUGGGGACGACAGUGAUGAUGAGGAUGAGUUUGUGGCUGAGGAGUUUACAGAAGUCGAUGGUGCAAGAGAGGAUGAGUAUGAAAUUGUUCCUGCGGAUGAAAACCACGUCACUAGUAUAUAAAAUAGAUACACAGUAGAUUUAUACCAAGUUUGAUUUCAUUUAUUACAUUUGGGUAUCACGGGU